UCACUGCGCAUGCGUCAAUCACCAAACGGACCUCUGUUUUGUUUUGAGCUUCGCGUUUGCCGUGAUUUCUUUCAAAAUUUGGACACAAUAUCGUCCAAAUACCUUCUCCUGUAGGCCAUCUGUGCCCUUUACUAACAUAUGAUUGCAGUGGGUACAAAACUGAAGCCAAUCUGUCCAGUAUAGCGUUUCUCUUUCGCCCAUUCUGUAAGCUUUUCGAAGCAAUGGCUUCGAACUCGCCAGGCACUAGAAUUUCCCGAGAAAGACUCAAGUUGGAUUUCCGAGGAGGAGGGAUAGAGAAGAAAAAAGUCACCUUAGCCGUAAGACAACAGGAGCCACAGAAGAUAAACCACUUACCUUCAGUUCACAUGGAAAGACUCAAAGCACACAAAGCAGUUGGCAAACUCUCUUUUGGGCCAGACGAGAUGUACGAGUACUCUUCUAGUGACCUAGUUGACUGUGGUGAGAUUGGGCGUGGUGCUUACGGCACAGUUAACAAGAUGCUACACCCCAACAGCAAUACGUAUAUGGCAGUCAAGAGAAUUCGCUCAACAGUUGACCAGAAAGAUCAGAAGCAAUUAUUAAUGGACCUGGAUGUUGUUAUGAGAAGUAGUAACUGCCCAUUUAUUGUCAGAUUUUAUGGUGCACUUUUUACUGAGGGUGAUGCAUGGAUCUGCAUGGAACUGAUGGAAAUUUCAUUUGACAAAUGCUACAAGUUGGUGUAUGGUUCUAUAGAACAGAUUAUUCCAGAAGAAAUUCUUAGCAAAGUGGCUUAUGCGGUUGUCAAAGCCCUGGAUUACUUAAAAAGAGAGCUUAACAUUAUUCAUAGAGAUGUGAAGCCGUCAAACAUUCUUCUUGAUCGAAAUGGUGCCAUCAAGUUGUGUGACUUUGGGAUCAGUGGGCAUCUUGUUGAUUCCAUAGCUAAGACUCGGGAUGCAGGAUGCAAACCUUAUAUGGCUCCUGAAAGAAUAGACCCAUCGUCAUGCCGGCAAGGUUAUGACAUCCGCUCAGAUGUGUGGAGUUUUGGGAUAACAAUGAUAGAGUUGUCUACUGGUGUCUUUCCGUACCCCAAGUGGAAUAGCGUGUUUGACCAGUUAUCACAAGUUGUCGAUGGGGACCCCCCACAGCUGUCCAACACCCCUGAGACGAUGAGGUCACCUGAGCUAUUAAAUUUCGUCAAUAUCUGCUUAUCUAAAGAAGUUGAAAAGAGGCCCAAGUAUAACGAGCUAUUGAACCACCAAUUUAUCCAGCUUUACCAAGAGCGCCCCGUAGACGUAGGGGCGUGGCUGCAGGAGGUUCUGGCGCUGGCGCCCGAAGACCCAGACUUCACAGAGCACUACCAACAGUAGCUCAAAUAUCUGUAUAAGCUAUCCGUCCAAAUGUGGACAAGCUUAGACAUUCGCCUAGAGCUGAGAUGGUUCUAUGGAGGUCUAGGGGCAUGUGGCCUGCCCGACUGCUGUGCCCCACGAAAGGACAUGAUUGGUCAAUAGGCGACUUGCACUUAGAAGUCACGAAAAAAUAAAAGCUUUCAAUAAAAAUAAGAAACUUUCUGGCUUAUUCGUUAGCGCUGAAUUAUUUGUUUUUGUUGUUAUUUUGCCGGUGCGCACUCAAGUUGCCACCCAAAACGUGAUUUCUUCAUGCUAUUCGCCUAUUUUCAUAAACUCCAUCUUGAUACAUUUGGGCAAACGUGAAAUGGUGCGGAUGGGAGAAGAGAGGAGACUGUGUUUCUCUAAGUAUCAGUCGACGCUUGAAAUCCUUGAUGUGUGCGAAUCAAAAUGCCCCUCGCUGCCAUAUCAGCACCCUUUCCCGUGUUUUUCAAGAAAAAAAACCCGUAAUAAAACUAUAGACAUUAAAAAAAAAA